CUCAGUUAAACACAUAAAGAGUUGUGUGCUUGUGCCUCUCUUUUCCUCUCUGAAACCCUCCCUUUGGUAUAUAACAUUUGUACCACUUUUGCUCAUAAUAAAAAAGACAGACUGCUCUUUCAACGGUUUUCCCACAACACAAAACCGAGAUGGCAACCCCUGGCCCUGCUCAUAUCCUUCAAGGUGUUCAAGGAGUGCCCUUGGCCACCACUGCUGUUCUUGGUGGUCUCUCUCUAUUGAUCUUGAUUUCCCUCAAAAGGUGCGCCUUUGCCAAUAAGAGUGGAUAUUCCAAACUCCCUCCUGUGCCAGCGGUUCCAGGUUUCCCAGUGAUAGGGAAUUUGCUGCAAUUGAAGGAGAAGAAGCCUUACAUGACAUUUACUAAGUGGGCCAGUAUUCAUGGGCCCAUAUACUCCAUCAAGGCAGGUGCUUCCACUCUAGUCGUUCUCAACACCACCGAUGUUGCCAAGGAGGCGAUGGUGACCAGAUAUUCAUCUAUAUCAACUAGAAAGCUGUCAAACGCCCUAAAAAUGCUCACUUCCGACAAGUGUAUGGUUGCCAUGAGCGACUACAAUGAUUUUCAUAAGACGGUAAAACGACACAUACUUGGUAAUGUUUUGGGAGCCAAUGCUCAGAAACGACACCGUUGUCAUCGAGACACUCUGGGAGAAAAUAUUUCUAGAAGAUUUCAUGCUCAUGUGGAAGACUUUCCUGAUGAAGCUGUGAAUUUUAGGGAGAUAUUUGAGUCCGAACUCUUUGGAAUAGCUUUGAAAGAGGCCCUGGGAAAAGACAUAGAACAAUUAUAUGUGGAGGAAUUAAGUGUCCAUUUGUCAAGGGAAGAAAUAUUUAAAGUUCUAGUGAUUGAUCAAAUGGAGGGAGCCAUUGAGGUCGAUUGGAGAGAUUUCUUCCCCUAUCUGAAAUGGGUUCCUAAUAAGAAUGUCGAAAAUAAAAUUCAAAGAAUGAUUUUCCGAAGAAAAGCAGUGAUGAAUGCCCUUGUCCAGGAUCAGAAAAAGCGAAUUGCAUCAGGAGAGGAAUUGAACUGUUACCUAGAUUAUUUGCUUUCUGAAGCAAAAACGCUGACGGGGGAGCAAAUCAGUAUGUUAUUGUGGGAAGUGAUCAUAGAGACAUCAGACACUGCUUUGGUCGCAGCAGAAUGGGCCAUGUAUGAACUUGCUAAAGAUCCAAAACGACAGGAUCGUCUCUACAGGGAAAUCGUAGAGCUUUGUGGAUCAGAAAAGUUAACAGAGGAUCGUUUGUCCCAGCUGCCAUACCUAAUGGCUAUUUUCCAUGAAACUUUGAGGAAGCAUUCUCCAGUUCCAAUCAUACCUCUACGUUAUGCACAUGAAGAUACUCAAUUAGGAGGCUACCAUAUUCCUGCUGGUACUGAGAUUGCGAUUAACAUAUAUGGGUGUAACAUGGACAAGAACAAGUGGGAAAAUCCUGAAGAGUGGAACCCUGAGAGAUUUCUGAGCAAGAAAUACGAUCCAAUGGAUUUGUAUAAAACGAUGACGUUUGGAGCUGGGAAGAGGGUGUGUGCUGGUUCGCUUCAAGCUAUGCUGAUAGUUUGCACUACAAUUGGUAGGUUGGUUCAGGAGUUUCACUGGCGACUGAAAGAUGGGGAAGCAGAAGAUGUGGCUACGGUUGGUCUCACCACUCAUAAACUCCACCCCAUGCAUGCCAUUAUCAACCCAAGGCUUUAAUAAUUAUGAGCUCUGUACUUUGACGCAGUACUAGGAUUUCCUGGUUGUGUUUAUUUUGAAAAAUAAAAUAAAAAGAUCAGUAGUAAGAAAUAAAGAAAUAAAGAAAGUUAAACAAAAUGUUGGUUAACCGAGAAAUUGGCAAGGGAUAACACCCAUCUAUA